AUGGCCCCAGAUCCAGAGCCGCCCGCCCCAUCAGGCCUCCAUCGCAGCUGCAUCUUCUGUCGUGCCCGCAAGAUCCGCUGCUCCAGUGGCCCGAUUUGCACUGCUUGUCGUGAGCGCAAUAUCAAUUGCACAUACAGCCCUGAGGCCCGCAAGGGACGCCCUAGACGGAGAGGCGCCAGCUCGGCCGACCCCCAGCGCGAGCCGCGAAAGGCUCAACGCCGUCGUCUGCUGUCCUCUCCGCCAUCUCCAGCUGAUGUUGCCUCUCCAGUAGCAGCUGUGCCAGCGACUGUGUCUACUGAUUCAGUCCCCCAGGCCAGUGCUUCGCGGGCGUCGCCUCAACCCCAGCCAGUUGAAAACGAUGGGGAGAACCAAACAUUGGGCCAGGAGCUCGAGCAGAUGUUUCACGAGUACUUUAUCCGAAAGAAUGGAUCGCGGUCCAACCUGUUCCAGGACUCGAUUGCCUCCUUCCAGCGGCACAUGCGCAAUCCCAGCCCCGGCAAUACUCCAGCCCAACGCCCGCGGCCAAAAUUGAGCUACGAUGGGAUGUUGUCCUUUCUUGCGCAUGAAAUGGUUGAGAUCCUGCUUCUGCGCUUCGGACAGCUUGGCUGUGAACAGUCGGAGACUAGCACGCAUCAGUAUUUCUACAUAGCCUCACUGGCAGAGGAGACGACGUCGAGCAUGUUCGACCCUGCUCGGCGCCAGCGAGGUCCUCUUGCGGCUUUAGGAAAACAUCGCGUCGUGCAGAUGGUUCAUCUCUGGUACAUGAUGCAUCCCCUGUCACCGCUGGUCUCGAAGACGCUCCUCCUAGAUGCGAUACAGGACGAAACGGUGGACGAAGCACUCUUGGCAGUCAUUCUAGCGGAUGCGUUCCAGGCCUUGGACAGCAGUGACAGUCAGAAUGGGAACUCACCUCCUGAAGAAUCACCCCAGCUGCUGGCGCACUUUACUGCAUCCCAACUGAGGCAUCGGCCACUGUCGCACAUCGACUCCGCGCCCAUCUCGACAGUGCAGGCAUUGAUCCUGCUAGGAUGGAGGGACCUCGCUCAAGGGUUAGCACGGCGAAGCACCUGUUACAUCGGGUAUACAUGUCGUAUCAUCUCGCGGCAGUAUCAACGUCGAAGCCGCAAUGAGGGUGGGCCGGAGAGCAUGAAGCUGAACGGGAUUGAUAUCGGGCAAGUUGAGCAGGAGAUCCUGCAGAACAUCUACUGGCUGUGUCUGUCAACGACGACCUGGGCCUUUAUGCAAAUCGACCAGCCAUUCACACUCCUUCUGCCGGACGAGAUCCCCGACUUUCCCAGCCUCGACGAGACAACAUCUGCAGCGCUGCGUCUGGACCGGGCGUCUAACAAUAUAUCGACCCUCCCAUCGCAAGUUCAGGCCAUGCGCUGGCUGUGGCCGCUGAGCCAUAUCACCAGCACCGUUGCCCACAUCUACACCAUCUACCUCAACGCUCCUACUGAAGAGCGCAAAGUCAAGGCCGCCCCGUGGCAUAUACGGCACAUCCACCAACUCCACCAGCUCCUCCGAGCGCGGUUCGAGCCAUCUAAUCUCUCCUUCGAAGUCCGAGCAAUUCUAAUCCAGGCCAUCAAGCUGGUCGAGCGAGAAGUCAGCACCCCGCACACCCAGUUCUUCCUCCUAACCUCGUACUACACCAUCAUCGUCCACAUGCUCUUCUCCCCUGAACGACGAGCACCCCCGCCAGUUACACCCUCGACCAUCCAAGCCCUGGGCGAGUGCAUCUCUGCCGUCCUGACUAUUGCAGCCGGCGUCCCCUCUCUCCCAGCGAGCCCCGUACCAACCCAAGCUUCGUACGGGAAUAGAGCUCUGGCACUAUGUCUAGACGCCUGCAGCCGCGCCCUUGUCCGUUUGCACAACCAGUGCCAGCACGACUGGCAGCAAAAUCAAAGCAGCAAUACAAUGCCAGGCGUGACCAAGCUCGCCGAGUACGCAGAGCGUGCCCAUAAAGUGUGCAAAUCCGACUUUCUGGGCCAGCACGCAUCCAUCCUACGGCCGGCAAAGAAGCGCUUGAAAUGGGUCAAGUCGGCCCUGCGCACCCUGGCGUCUCCGUCGUCUACCUCUGCCUCUUCCAUCUCUGACAUAAACGAGAUGGCAAACGCCAACGCCGCCUUCCUUUCUCUAUCCCCGCCAACAAACUUCCCACUCCCAUUCGACAGGACCGGUGAUCUAUCCCUUGGAUCGUCCACAACGUCACUAUCAGAACUGAUGCCGCCGUACCAACUCCCUCCGCCACUCGAAAUCCCUGACCCGGGUUUCUUCUGUGACGAUCCAACACUGGACUCUUUACUCGGGUUCCCUGGCAUAGCGCGCGCAGGUGAUCUAUACCCGAGGGCAAGCGAUAGUUCUUCAUCUCAAUUGUCCCUAGCGACGCCAACGCCAACGCAUCAGCAGGAUGGACGGCCGUUUGGAGCUUUGGACGACAGUACCGCCGCAAGCACUAGUACAGCCACGGCGCUGGCUGAUUUGUUUUUCAUGAGUCCUGAUAUGGCUUCGCAUGGGUUGGAUGGUCUAUUGUUGAACAGUAAUAGUAACCCGUUUGAUGGGUCGGGGUCUAAUGCGGCGAUGGCCUCUGGACCUGGCUCUGAUCGUAUAGGUGGGAGUAAUGCAGGGCAGUAUGAUUUUAUGAGUGAUCUUCAUAUGUAG